GUGUAUCUGUGUGUGUGUGUGUGUAGUGGAGUGGGGGUGUUUAUUAUGCUCACCAGGCAGAACGUUAGGAAAACUCCCUUGGCCCUGUUUUGAGAUGCAGAUCAGGGUAAGAGCCGUGUUGUCAGCUCACAGCCCCUCCCUCUGUCCUCCUUUAGCUGAGGAAGAACUAGAGGUCCCUGGACCUUGUAGCUGGGCUCUCUGCCAUUAGGGGAUGGGAAACGCUGGGCAUGGUGGCACACGCCUUUAGUCUCAGCACUCAGGAGGCAGAGGCAGGCGCAUUUACAUGAGUUGGAGGCCGGCCUGGUCUACAAAGGGAGUUCUGGUACAGAUGGGACUACACAGAGAAAUGCUGUCUUAAAAAACCAAAAAGGUGGGACAGGAGGCAGGCAGCUGCCUUGGGAGUAGGCACACAUUGAAGUAGCCCUAUUAAGGAACCUAGUAGUAAGCUGGGCACUUGGCACCAAGUAGGUACCUAUCUUCUGCAUGUGAAGGCUAUAGAACAGCAACCGUACAGUGGAGAGUGAUCAUCUUUGUGAGAAAUAUGACAUCAAGCACAGGGCAGGGUUUGUUCAACAGUGUUUGUGGCAGGAUUCUUCUCUGGAGUCUUUCCUGCCUGCUGUUCUCUGUGGUUGGUUGGACGGGUAGGUAGCCCUCUGUGGAACCCUGCAUUAUCCCUUCUGAUUGGCUUGUCACAGGACAAUGGGCGGUCCACCCAGGCUGGCCUAUAAGAGGAGGAGGUGGCCAGGCUUCUAUACGCGGGGGAGGGGCUGUGGAGGGUGGAGGGACCCUUGAGACUUGAUGGGCACUUUAUCAGCAAGUGCCAGAGAAGAACAGGCCUUGGGUGAGCCCUGUUAUCGGUCCCAGAGUCCACAGGACACUUGGAUUAAUGUGUAACCUUAAAAGGCUUCCCCUGUGCCCUCUGAAGCUACUGGUUCCUAAAUAGACACCACUCAGCAUGGAUCCUGGAAAAGAGGGGCUGCUUCUGAAGAUACUCUUCUCAGACCAACACCCACAGGUCCGCAGGUGGCUGAUCCCCUUCUUCGUCUCCUGCGUCGUCUACUUCGUCCUCUGGAUUCCCGAGGACCAGCCCUCCUGGUUCAGUGCUCUGGUGAAGUGCCUGCCUAUCCUGUGUCUGGUUGUGUUCCUGUGGGCUGUGACCCCUGGUGGGAGCUACCCCUGGCUCCUCCAGGGAGGUCUAGUGUGUUCUGCUGUGGGAGACGCCUGCCUCAUCUGGCCUGGGGCUUUCCUUUAUGGCAUGGCCGCCUUCUUUGCCACCCACGUGCUCUACGUGUGGGCUUUUGGCCUGUCCCCCCUGCGGCCCGGAGUCCUGGCGUCCGUCAUCCCCUGCGCUCUGGUCUACGGUAGCUUCCUCCUGCCCCACCUCGAGUCAGGCAUGGUCCUCCCGGUGUCGGCCUAUGGGCUCAUCCUGUUCUCCAUGCUGUGGCGCAGCCUUGCCCGGGGUGGGAGUGCCGCCUGGGGCGGUACGCUCUUCACCAUCUCCGAUAGUGUGCUGGCCUGGAACGCUUUCAUCCAACCCUUGGGUUUUGCCCGCCAAGUGACCAUGACCACCUACUAUGCAGCCCAGCUCUGCCUCGCCCUGUCAGCCCUCAGGAACCCAGGGCUCAAAACCAACUAAUGCAGGACCCAGGCAGCCCAGGGUCCCUGGCCCGAGUACCUGGGCUUUUCACAUCGACCCAGCCUGGCAAGCGGAUGCCUCCGGUCGUGUGCCUGCAGAUACGUGGCCAUCUUGAAACAUCUGUACACCGUUGGCAGAAAUUUGGAAUCUACCACUGAGAUCAAGCUGCCUUUCCCCGGCUUUCUGGCUGUGGAUUCCAGACCCCCAACCCAACAACAUACAUCCCGUCUUCCCCUCCCCAGGCCUGGCCUCCCCUCCCCACCCGCCCCUUCACGGUUGCUUCAAAUCUGCUUCUGGCUGCUUAAGUAAAAUGAGGGCUGGAA